CGUCAGACCACGAGUAGUCGGCAGGAAAACCAUUUAAACUUGUCUUGCGCAGGAUGUGCACAGUUCAUUGCAUGACAGCUGCGCUAACAUCUGUAUGAUCCACUGCGGAAUGAGAGAAAUGCGCGUGUUAACUGUCGUACUCGCCGUUGUAUUUGUCCUGAAGGAGGCUGAAGCUUGGGGUUACAAGAAUGGAAUACUGCACAACUCGAUCUGGCUGGAGCAAGCAGCCGGAGUUUACCACCGCGAAUCUCGCAAAGGAAGAUAUCAGCUGACGUACAGGGAAGCCAAGGCUGUGUGCAAAUUUGAGGGGGGUACUCUUGCUACAUAUGAUCAACUGGAGGCUGCUCGCCAAAUUGGGUUCCAUGUGUGUGCAGCUGGAUGGUUUGACAAAGGACAUGUGGGCUAUCCGAUUGUUAAAGCUGGCGCCAACUGUGGUUUCGGAAAGGUUGGAAUAAUUGAUUAUGGAUAUCGGCUCAACAAAAGUGAGAAGUGGGAUGUCUACUGCUACAACCCUGGGGCAAAGGAGUGUGGAGGCGUGCACACAGAUCAGGAGAAGGUUUUCGAUUCUCCUGGUUAUCCAGAAGAUUACCAGGAUGAGCAGAUUUGCUACUGGCACAUUCGUGUGCGUUACGGCCAACGAAUCCGCCUGCACUUCCUAGACUUUGACAUUGAGGAAGACACAGCUUGCCUCAGUGAUUACCUGGAGAUCUAUGACAGCUAUGAUGAUGUUUCGGGCUUUGUUGGAAGAUACUGUGGGGAUGAACUUCCAGAGGACUUCAUAAGUACAGGAAAUGUCAUGACUCUGAAGUUCCUUUCUGAUUCCUCGGUGACGGGUGGAGGUUUUCAGCUGCAGUACAUCGCUGUGAACUCCUCUCAGCUCUUUGACAAUCACACUGAUGCCUUGUCUUGACCAAUGUUUAAAGCACCAAACCCACUUUUUUAAUACACCCAAACCCACAACUGUAAUUUUUUAAUAUUUUUAUUUCUUUACCAAGGGUGCAAUAUUAAAGCUAUUAAUAAUCAAAAAUUUAAGUGUAUAGGCCUGUGAACAUUUAAAAAAUAAACUCUCAUAAAACAA